AUGAGCCAACUGGCCGCUCCGACAUUGUAUGCGCAGUGCCAGCAACCGUCCCCGCCGCUGGCCCCCCCCCGAAUGCUCUUCUGUGUCUCUUUGCAGGACCGCCCAGCCUGGGCCCCUGUAGUUCCGGUACUGCUCACCAGCCGAACUGAGCCGAGGUGGCAGAAGGCACGCCUGGGCUCCCAUGACCUGGCAGUGUGUAUGCAAUUUCAGAAGACGUCCUCGCAACGAGUGUCAUCAUCUUCAUCUGCUACGGCUCCGCCUUCAGACAUCUUCCGCUUCUUUCUUGUUGCACCCGAGGACGUCGGGCAACUGGGAAUAACAAAGCGCCUGCAGCGGCUGUGCCAACGCAAGAGCGGAUUGGGCCGGGCUGUCGUCUUCCUGCUGCAGGCUAAGAACGCCAGUGACGGUGAUAGCAGCGACCGUGCCAGCAUGGCCGCAUACCAGCAGCUACAAAUAGAGUAUGUAUCUAUGCGUGUGAGAGACAAGGAGAAGACCGCUUACCUGAUGGCACAGUCUCUUGGGGAUGGGCCUACCGAUCUUGCCACUGACUUCAGCAAACGCACUGCCAGCCUUGCUGGCCGCAUUUUGCAGCCAGAUAUGCAGCGGUCAGCCGCCGGAGUCGAAGUAGUCUUGGGAGCCGAUGGCGCAGAAUGGCGACAUCCACUCGGAAGCUACGUCAGCAGCUCUACGAGUACGACGUCUUCUCAUAGUCUCUUCACCACAGGCGCUCUUCUUACCGCGAGGGAUCGAUUACGAAACAAUUAA